GCGGGACAAGCUGGCCAGCUGGGGCGCGGAGCUGGGAGGAGGAGGCAGCGGCGGCAGUAGCGCUUGGAGCAGCAGCAGCAGCAGAAACAAGUACCAGCCACACAGCGGCUCCUUGGGCCCGAGCAGCCACAGUCCCCCAACCGCGAUGGCGCUGCAAAGCCCGGCGAGCGAGGAAGCCAAGGGGCCCUGGUGGGAGGCAGACCAGGAACAGCAGGAGCGGGUGGGUAACCCCGAGCCGGAGCCGGAGCCGGAGCCAGAGCCCGAGCCCGUGCCAGUGCCCCCACCCGAGCCCCAGCCAGAGCCCCAGCCGGAGCCCCAGCCCCUACCGGACCCUGCACCCCUGCCGGAGCUGGAGUUUGAGCCCGAGCCCGAGCGUGAACACGAGCCCACGCCCACCGUGGAGACCUGCGGCACGGCGCGCAGUUUCCAGCCCCCCGAAGGUGGCUUUGGCUGGAUGGUGGUCUUCGCUGCCACCUGGUGCAACGGUUCCAUCUUCGGCAUCCAGAACUCCUUCGGGAUCCUCUACUCCAUGCUGCUGCAGGAGGAAAGAGAGAAAAAUCGCCAAGUGGAGUUCCAAGCAGCAUGGGUAGGAGCCCUCUCAAUGGGCAUGAUCUUCUUCUGUUCUCCCAUUGUGAGUAUAUUCACUGAUCGUUUGGGCUGCCGAAUCACAGCAACUGCGGGGGCUGCUGUCGCUUUCAUCGGCCUCCAUACCAGCUCCUUUACCAGCUCACUAAGCCUGCGUUACUUCACCUAUGGGAUUCUUUUUGGUUGUGGCUGUUCCUUCGCCUUUCAGCCAUCUCUCGUCAUCCUGGGCCACUACUUCCAACGCCGCCUAGGUCUGGCCAAUGGUGUGGUGUCCGCUGGGAGUAGCAUCUUCUCCAUAUCCUUCCCCCUCCUCAUCAAAACACUGGGAGCUAAGAUCAAGCUCGCCCAAACCUUCCAGGUGCUGAGUACCUUCAUGUUUAUUCUUACGCUGCUUUCACUCACCUACCGGCCCCUCCUGCCCAGCUCCCAGGACACCCCAAGCAAGAGAGGUGUCCGUACCCUGUGCCAGCGAUUUCUGGCUCAGCUCAGGAAAUACUUCAACAUGCGAGUAUUCCGCCAACGUACCUACCGCAUCUGGGCCUUCGGGAUUGCUGCUGCUGCCCUUGGCUACUUCGUUCCCUAUGUACACCUGAUGAAGUAUGUGGAAGAGGAGUUCUUGGAAAUCAAGCAGACCUGGGUGCUCUUGGUGUGUAUUGGGGCUACCUCAGGCCUUGGGCGCCUUGUGUCAGGCCGUAUCAGUGACUCCAUUCCUGGACUUAAGAAGAUCUACUUGCAGGUCAUCUCCUUCCUGCUCCUGGGCCUGAUGUCCAUGAUGAUUCCCCUGUGCCGGGGCUUCGGGGGCCUCAUUGUUGUCUGCCUCUUCCUGGGCCUGUGUGAUGGCUUCUUCAUCACCAUCAUGGCUCCCAUCGCAUUUGAGCUGGUGGGCCCAAUGCAGGCCUCACAGGCCAUUGGCUACCUCCUGGGCAUGAUGGCCCUGCCGAUGAUUGCCGGCCCUCCCAUUGCAGGCCUCCUCCGCAACUGUUUUGGGGACUAUCAUGUGGCCUUCUACUUUGCUGGUGUGCCCCCCAUCAUUGGGGCUGUAAUCCUCUUCUUCGUCCCUCUGAUGCAUCAAAGGAUGUUCAAGAAAGAGCAAAGGGAUUCCAGCAAGGAUAAGAUGUUGGGCCCUGACCCAGACCCCAAUGGGGAGCUGCUGCCGGGCUCCCCAACCCCGGAGGAACCAGUCUAAUGCCUCUUCCUUGCUAUUGUGUGCUCCUCCUCCUCAACCCCUUCCCUUCACCCCGCCCUGCUCAGCAUUUAUAUUUUUGCCACCAGCACACUUGUUCCCAAACCUGCACACACAGCAUUUCAGCCACCUGACCAUCUCCCUUGGAGCCAAAGCUCCAGGUGUUCCAAACUCAUUAACCAAAUUCUCCCCAUGAAUGCCUUUAAACUUGCGAGGGUCCUUCUCCUCCCAGGAUCUAGGAGAUCUUGGGAUCACCCACUGGCCUUCGAACCUCUCCAUAUACUUUAUAACCCUUGGGGGAGGAGGGGGAAGGGACCUCCUGGCCCCAGCUUGUUAGUGACCCACUAAAAGCAACUGCCAAAGGUGCUACUGUAUCCCCAGGGGUCUGGUAGGAAGACCCAAGCCUCUGCGUGCUGAGGAGUUCCUUGCCAUCUGUCCUUGGGAGCCAUUGGUUUGGGGGGCUGGGGGCGGCAGGAAGGGCAGAGAGGUAAAAUGAGACAAGGAGCCUUGUUUAGCCUCCGAGUCUCUGAGGUCUGUGACUUCCCAAGAGCUGUGGGUGCCAUCAUUUUACAAGUAUACAGAUAGUCUCCCCAUCAUACAGUUGGUUAACAGUCUGCUUCCUUCUUCCUUUGUUCCUUUGUUUCCUCUACUGUCUCCUCUCCCUUCUCUUUCCCUUCUAUUUCUUUUUAUGACUGUCAUAGACACAUAGGUGCUUGAAGAAAGGAGGGACCCAGAGCUUGGGCCAAUCAGCCUCACCUUGGCCCAGCCCACCCAUAACACUAGCAUCAAUCCCACUCAUCUCAGGCUGAGCCACAUCUCACUUUUUGGCUCAAGCUGCUAUAAUCAUAGACUGGAAGAGAAUACCACAUAGGGACAAGACCUUAAACAAACACCAUAAAGCUCCACUCACUGAUUUUUACAGAUUUCCUAGGCCACUGCACUAAACUUCAGGCCCUUCCAGCUCCCCAUCCUUGUAUCUACCUGCCAAAAUGUGAAGAAAUUUCUUUCAUCUCAGCAGGCAGAGGACUGAUGACUGGGGGAUGGCAUGGUGGAGGGAAGUGCAAUAGUUAUUGACCUGGCAAAGGACCAACUCCUGCAUCUCUCAUUCAUGACAGGUCAAUAUUUCCACCUGGGCCAGGCCAGAAAAGGGACUGUUUUAGAGAAAAUCCCAUUCCCAACGUGGAUCCCAAAAAGGUCGAGGCAGAAGCUGCACUUAGGGUUGGAUAAUUUCUUUUAGGAAGGAGAAACCAUCCUAGCCUUUACCACCCAAUGUGCGCCCCCAUGCUGGGCAUCCUGGGCCACUCUGUUUAGCGGGCAUUAAAGGUGCCAGGAAAGGUAGACUCUGGACUAUCUUCAUCCCUCUGAAAUAGGUGCCAGAUGCUUCCCUAUGCCCAGGCUCUGGACAACACUCCUGCUGAAGAGCAUACCCAGCCAGCUGUGUCCAGCUAACACAACUCACCUCACUAGGAGCUCAGCCUCUCUCCUCACUUUUCCUCUUUGUGUCUUGUUCUCCCUAUUCUGGGCCUUUGUCUGUUCUGUUCCUGUUACCCUAACCUUUCAUUUUCUUGCCAGGCAUCCUUGGCUGUCACUUGGAGUUAAUAGUGACUUGCCACCCCAAGCCAGCACCAUCCUGGGACCAGGAGGAUGAGGUUGCCCCUGAGGGGCUCCAAAAAAAAACAGUGGUGCCUACCCAUGAGUUUUUCCGUUACAAACAGGCAGCUGGGGCAUGGUUGGCCUCUCUGAUGCCCUCAUUCAAGGCCAAUGUCCUGAACCCCCUCCAUUGGUCCCAGUACAGCUCUUAUCAACUCUCCAAAGGAAAACCCACUGGUUCUUGGCUCUGUGGGCAGGAAGGGGCCUAAUUACUAUCCUGUCAGCUCAAAGAGCAACGGAACAGGAGAAGCUGAGCCCCAGGAGCCUUGUAACCUUGAGGAAAGACCAUUGAAAAUGUUGGAGCAACAAAGCCCCUGCUUCCAUUUCCCCCUGCCCCACCCCCACCAAGUCAUCAGAGGGGAGUUCUGCAGGGCCUCCUUUGUUGCUCACCCUGUGGAUAGCUCUUAAGAAUCAGGCUGCCACCCACUUCUCUCCAGAUGAAGGAAAGACCUUCACAGGUCCCAAAUCUGCCCUAUCAGGUAUCACAUAACAUGGUGGAGUGUCAGUUUACUUCUUCCACACAUGUGCACGUGCAUGUGCAUGUGUGGGCUUGUGUGCUUUUGGAAAGAAGGUUGGUUGGCGAAAGCAGCACAGUAUUAAUAUUUAGGGUAGAAUGCACCUUCUUAUGUACCACAGUUAAAUCUAGGAGAACGAACAAAAUUUAAAUCCUUAAAAGGUUUGGAACAAAAUAAAUAGAUCUAAAAAAUUCUAGCUUUAGUAUGUAUGUUCCCCACAAGUGUAAAAUAGUCUUAACCUGGUUAAGAGCAGGAAGUUUGGCUUCAGAACUGAAAUCUCAUUUCAAAUCAAAUUUCUGCGAGGGUCUAGACUCUCUGUGAGAGCAGAAAUUGGAAAAGGAGCUAUAUAGGGUUUGGAGUUGGGUAGACUACUCAGGAUUGGAUUUAUUAGGGAGCUCUGAAGUGGAAAAGUGGUUAAUGCACAAAAUGAGAAAAUGGUUAGUGGCUGAGUCAGACUGGAGGUCCCACCAAGGCCCUACCUUGCUACAAACAUGCCAUGUUGAAAAUUGGCAAAGACCUUAGCAAUAACACACUUCAAACCCCCUUUCCUCUCCCUUGUUAUUGAUGGGGGAACCUGAAGGGACUGGUAUAGCUCAGUUACACAGCCAGGCAGCGACAGAGCCUGGAAUUGAGGAUGAUGAGAAGAGAGACUUCCAACAAUGACAAAGCUGGGAGUAACCUUAGAGUUUCCCUUAUCCAUACUCUGCACUGAAUUUAAGUGGGAAAACUGAGGCCUAGAGAUAGUAAGGGACUGCAGCAGGUUCACACAGUUCAUCAGUGACAGAGCAGGCUAAGAAUUGAACUAGGGUAAGUGACUUCCAGUCCAGUGUAAACCCCUCAUUUUACUGAUGAGGAAACUUACCCAAGGAGGGUGAAAUAACUUGCCCACUUCACUCACUCAACAACUAUGUAGUGAGCCUAUUUCCAAAAGGGUGUCAGCAGGAACAGCUCCAAACAAAAAUGAAAUCCGAGCAAAGUCUGACUUUUAGCAUAUCGCAUCUUUUCACAAUUACCUUCACUCCCAACCAACACAUGCUUUUGGUAUUCUCUUCCUAAGCACUCCAGACCUUCACACAGCUCUGGCCUUGGAAAGCUGGUCCCACCUACUGCUGUUCCACCCCCAGCAACCAAAGAGAUACAAAUAAAGUCCAUCUCCCUAUGGCCAUACACUGGGCAGGGGAGAGGCGAAGAGAGGGGACUGGUUUUCUUGGAGGAAGGGUGGUUUACCACCCAGCUCUUGGCUAUCGUCAUUUCUCCCCUGACUCAGUGCAGACAUCCUCAGGCUGCUAGCCUCCUCAUCUCUUCCCACUGACUAAUUACUCUCUCCUACUGCCUGGCCCCAGGCUCUGCCACCCAAGGUCUGUUGCCUCCUCAGUACCUUCCCCAGUAGCCCCAAGGCCCCAGUCUGUGUUUGAUCACUCAGGAUCAUUAGAUUUCAAAGCUGUGGAAUCCCGUAAUUUUUAUGAGCAUAUGGUCUCCUCCAGGGCCUUUUCAUGUCUGAAGAGGGAGCCAGCAGCUCCCUGCCACUUCUCCACAGCAGCAGAGCAGGCCAGCUGACAGGGAUUACAGGUAUCCCCAGCAAAUCCCUGGUGUCUGACAGCUGGUGCCUAGAUAGGGUGAGUGCUGGUUUGAACCAGAGCCCUUGAAGCAAGUUCUGAAAUUCUAAUAAGCUGAAAUGUAGAGGAGACUCCAGAGGCACAAGGAAAGGGAUUAGAUACCCAACUCCUGCAGGGGUGGAGGAGGCUUUGCUUUAGAAGGCUCUUUGAUUCUUGCCUUUCAGCUCUCUCUAGUGGUCACCAGAAGCAGAGUUCCAUGCCUGGUUUUCAAGUCAUUUCAGCAAUCUUUUCUAGGGACCUGCUAUAUGUCAGGCACUCUGCUAAAACCCAGGGAUUUCAGGAAAGAAAGGAACAGAGGUGGAGAAAACAAAGAGAAGAAACACAGAAGGAAUUUGUACUAUCUUCUUUCCAAGAAACAUUUUCCUCUUCUGGACCCCAGCGGCCCAAAGCUUACGGACCUCAGAGCCUCUGAGGCAGGACAGGGGGCACCCCGCCCCUUCCAGGACAGAGGCCUCAGCAUGCAGCAUUUCCCCCUCCUCAUUGCCCGGCCUCCUCCUGGCCAGAGCAGCCCGGAAGAACUACGUGCUCCUCAGCGUUGAUUUCCUGCUGAACCCAAGCCGGAUAAAAUUAACCCAUUGCUCACAGCUAACAAGUGUCAGAGCCCGCGUCCAGCUGGGGGGAGGGGAGGGCAGAGCUGAGCCUGGUGGCGCUCCCGCCAGACCAGCCUGACGCGCGGGCUGACAGCACCUGUCGGGCGGCCCCUGCCCAGCGCCUCCUCACUCCCCCGCUCCUACCAUAGACUGUGGCCCCGCCGCGGGGAUGGGGGAGCGGCUAGAGACUGGCUGGGCAACCGCUACCCUCCUUUCCCACCACACACCCACACUACACUGCCCUGGCAACGAGUGGGCCCUGGGAUCCAGAGAUGGGGGAGCUAACUGGUACCGUUUCCCACCAGGUCCCCCGCCCACCCCACACUCGGAGGAUGUCUGAGGAUGGAGACGGGGCUCGGGCCCCCGGGGCCCUGGCUGCUGUUCCUGGUCCUGCCACUGGCCUCUGGUCACCUUGGGCGGGGAGGGGACGGUUCCUGCGCCUCCAUGGCCCUCCAUCCAUUCCCCGGUCUGGGAGGGGUAAGAACCCGGGAGACGCGCCACGGAGACGCAUCCCCCUGCUACUCAGACGGAGAUCAGGCCCGCCCAGGACAACCACCCUUCCCGCUCAGGGGAAGGGGGUGGGAAGGAAGGCGGGGGCCCACCCCAGGGCCCUGCCAACUGUCCUGGGAGCCAGACGGAUGGACAGCAGCUGCCGUGUGUCCUGGGCUCAGCUGCUCCUCGAUCCCCCGCCCCCACCGCCCUGCCUGCGCCACCGCCACCAGAGACUGCAGCGUCGCCGCCCCCACCGAGCGCUGGGUCCAGAGCCCUGGAAGUGAUCCGAGCUGGGCCGGCCGACAACCCCUUCCCACCGGCGGCGGCCCUCUCUCUUCCCCGUACCAGACCUGUGCCCAAGGCCCCAAGGGCCGGGUCGGGCCGCAGCUAGCGAAGGACCUAAGUGAUUCCAGGCACGAAGCCCGCCAGGAUGACAGGGCUGGGGGCGGGAUCAGCCUCCAGGAAACGCUCCGGUCCAGAGCAGCCAUCUUCCUCCGCCCUCCUCUCCAACUUGCAACCCUGGGAGGCAGCUGCUCUUACGCCUGUUUUACAGAUAGGGCAAGUGAAGCCCAGAGGCACACUGAAUGCCAGCUGUCAAACCUUUUCUCCAAGGCUCUUUCCACCCCACCUCACAGAAAGUAGGGAAGUAAGCGAAUCUCCUUUUUCCUCUCACUUCUCAGAAAGCCUGCUUUCUGCUCCUGGAGUCAGCACCUGCUGCCCCCAGGCCCACUCUGCCCCCUAACGAAGGCUCUGGGCAGUGAGUGGUACCACAGGCCCAAGACGGAGGCAUGGAAGGCAGCAGAGGCUGAGCCAGAGUCCUUGUGCACUCUGCACCCACCCACCCCCGCCUCUCCUAUGGAGGGACCGGGAUGUGGAGGGGGGUGUGGAAGAGGAAUUAGCAGUGUCUGAUCUGCCUUUCACUGGGAGUACACAACAUUGUCUUCUGGGUUCCUCUCCCCAUCAAAAUGGAGGUAAAACUCCAAAAUGAGCUCUCCUGUGCCUUACUCCCUCAGUCCUUCUCUUAUUAUUCAAUAAAAUUACCAUCACUGAGGGGUAA